AAGGGGCUUGCUUUGCUUUUGCUUCGUCUUCUUCUUCUCUCUCUCUCUCUCUGUAUCUGUAUCUAUCUAUCUAUCUAUCGUCUUCGCCGAAAUCCCUAAUUAAUUUGUUCCUACAACCAUCAAUUUCCCGCGCAAAGAGAAUGUGGAUGGUCGUGAAAUGAAGCUUCUUCGUAAAUUCCAAUCGACGACACAUAGCUGAAAGUUUCAAGCUUUCUCGCAAUCUCCGUCCUUUACCGAUUCGGUUGGUCUUUGGGUCGCUUCGACGAGAAUGGAGAGUGCAGAUACUGAGCUUACUAGUUUCAACAACAUGGUUGCUAAAGCAUAUCCUGUACGGAUUUUGCAUCACAACAAUGGUAUAAGUGAAGAUGAAGAAGGAGGUUCAGGUGUUGAACCUUAUGUGGGUCUAGAAUUCGAUACUGCAGAGGAAGCUCGUGAGUUCUACAACGCUUAUGCUGCUCGGACGGGGUUUAAGGUUAGGACUGGUCAGUUGUAUAGAUCAAGAACUGAUGGUACGGUUUCGUCGAGGAGGUUUGUUUGUUCAAAAGAAGGUUUUCAGCUGAAUUCGAGAACUGGAUGUACUGCGUUUAUCCGUGUGCAGAGACGGGAUACGGGGAAAUGGGUUCUUGACCAAAUCCAGAAAGAGCAUAACCAUGAGCUUGGAGGUGAAGGUAGUGUUGAGGAAACGACUCCGCGACCUUCGAGAGCUCCAGCUCCUACAAAGCUAGGUGUUACUGUUAAUCCACAUAGACCAAAGAUGAAAGUUGUUGAUGAGUCUGAUAGAGAAACACGGUCCUGCCCGGGUGGUUUCAAACGAUUUAAAGGUGGUGGUGAAGGAGAAGUGAGUGAUGAUCAUCAUCAAACGCAGCAGCCUAAGGCGGUUACUGGUACUGAGCCGUAUGCAGGGUUGGAGUUUGGUUCAGCUAAUGAAGCGUGCCAGUUUUAUCAGGCAUAUGCGGAAGUUGUUGGGUUUAGAGUUCGUAUAGGUCAGUUGUUUCGAUCCAAAGUUGACGGUUCGAUCACAUCAAGACGGUUUGUUUGUUCAAGAGAAGGGUUUCAGCAUCCUUCAAGAAUGGGUUGUGGAGCUUACAUGAGGAUCAAAAGACAAGACUCUGGUGGUUGGAUUGUCGACCGUCUCAAUAAAGAUCAUAAUCAUGACCUCGAACCAGGGAAGAAGAAUGACGCUGGUAUGAAAAAGAUACCAGACGAUGGGACAGGAGGAUUGGAUUCUGUUGAUCUUAUUGAACUAAACGAUUUCGGCAACAACCAUAUCAAGAAAACCCGAGAAAAUAGAAUUGGUAAAGAAUGGUAUCCGCUGCUUCUCGACUAUUUUCAGUCUCGACAAACCGAAGACAUGGGAUUCUUUUAUGCCGUCGAAUUGGAUGUCAAUAAUGGAAGCUGCAUGAGCAUUUUCUGGGCGGAUAGCCGAGCAAGAUUUGCUUGCAGUCAGUUUGGUGAUUCUGUUGUUUUCGAUACUUCAUAUAGAAAAGGAAGCUACUCUGUUCCGUUUGCUACUAUCAUCGGUUUUAACCAUCACAGGCAACCCGUACUUCUUGGGUGCGCCAUGGUUGCUGAUGAAUCUAAAGAGGCUUUCUUAUGGUUGUUCCAGACAUGGCUUCGUGCCAUGUCGGGUCGUCGUCCUAGAUCCAUUGUAGCUGAUCAAGAUUUGCCUAUCCAGCAAGCUUUAGUCCAAGUCUUUCCCGGGGCACAUCAUCGGUACUCAGCUUGGCAAAUUAGGGAAAAAGAGCGGGAAAAUCUCAUACCGUUCCCAAGCGAAUUUAAGUAUGAAUAUGAGAAAUGUAUAUACCAGACUCAGACAACAGUCGAGUUUGACUCAGUUUGGAACGCUCUCAUCAACAAAUACGGUCUUAGAGACGAUGUUUGGCUCAGAGAAAUCUACGAACAACGUGAGAAUUGGGUUCCCGCGUAUCUAAGAGCAAGUUUCUUCGCUGGAAUCCCAAUAAACGGAACCAUCGAGCCCUUCUUUGGUGCUUCACUUGACGCUCUAACGCCUCUCAGAGAAUUCAUUUCCCGAUAUGAACAAGCACUCGAGCAGAGACGGGAAGAGGAAAGAAAGGAGGAUUUCAAUUCUUACAACUUGCAGCCGUUUCUGCAGACAAAAGAACCCGUGGAAGAACAAUGCAGAAGACUCUACACGCUAACUGUCUUCAGAAUCUUCCAGAAUGAACUCGUCCAAUCGUACAAUUACCUCUGUUUAAAGACUUAUGAAGAAGGAGCAGUCAGUAGAUUCCUGGUGAGGAAAUGCGGGAACGAGAGUGAGAAACAUGCCGUGACUUUCAGUGCGUCGAAUCUCAAUUCGAGUUGCAGCUGUCAACUGUUUGAGCACGAAGGACUUCUGUGUCGACAUAUCUUAAAAGUGUUUAAUCUGCUGGACAUAAGAGAGCUCCCAUCUCGAUAUAUACUGCACCGAUGGACCAAGAACGCAGAGUUUGGGUUUGUGCGUGAUAUGGAAUCAGGCGUGAGUGCUCAGGAUCUUAAGGCCUUGAUGGUUUGGAGUUUGAGGGAAGCUGCUUCUAAGUACAUAGAGUUUGGGACAUCGUCUCUGGAGAAGUAUAAGCUUGCUUAUGAAAUCAUGCGUGAGGGUGGUAAGAAACUUUGUUGGCAGAGGUGAUGAACUCGGCUUGACCAUGUGUUUUUGCUUUACCCUUGAAGAAGAUGAAGUCUUGGUCGCCGUCUUAACCGUUUUGAUAUCAUUGUCGCUGCAAGAGGUGGUGGUGGUAGUGGAGGUGGGAGUUUUGUGGUUCCUAAUGAUAAUCAUCAUUGUAGUGACGACGCUUCCGGUGGCAUGUUUGUUCUCUUGUGUGUUUGUUUAUGUUGUUCCAAAAGAUCUGAGAAAGUGAGAACAGAUCAGAAUUAGGAUUUUUUUUUUUUUUUUUUUUUGGGAAUGGGCGGAGAAGAUGCAGAUCAUGCAUGUUUAGAGAAUCAAAUCGUUUGAUGCGACAGCAAAGAAUGUAAUGUGUAAUAUUAUUAUCAGUCUCUUUUUUUUU